AUGGGACUUGGAAAGACUCUUAUUAUGAUCGGUGCUAUUAUGGCAAAUCAUCGAAACGAUCUGAAGCGUCUCCUAGAUGGUAAGGACCGCUGGCUUGAGCACCUGCGGCAGAAUGGUUAUCAGGCCCCGGACAUUCCGGAAGGUGAAAAUAUCUUUGAGGAUAUUAAAUGGAGCUAUGCUAUAACGGAGGAAGACUGGAUCAAGUUUGACCUACCCAUCUUCCGCCCGAGCAUUAUACAAACUCCAGUCAAUUGCAUCUCUGACGUUAGGGUUAGGGUUAGGGGGAUGCUGCGUCCUGACUACAAACGGGCCUCCGGGGAGGUCGAUGUGCCUACUGCCAUCGGCACGGAGGAGGUUCACAUCAUCGCGCAAAAGGAUAAGGUCGGGGGGGCUACGUUCUUCUUUGAGAUGAGCAAGCCACACCCAGCCCUCCCAACCCCGAAGUGUCCGAUCUUCUAUACAGAGUAUGCGAUGGCCACGAACCCGAUCUUCACACGUGUCAUGCGACACGCACACGACAUUGUGCUUAUCGGCGGACGCCGACUCUGCAUCUACACCGAUACGCCCUGGAUCCAACAGUAA